GAGUGUUUAAAUAUAACAGUAAAAUGGUGUAAACUUAACAUGCUUAUAGUAGUAUGUAGGAAUUGUGUAUGACUGCUUUCGUAAUCUAAUGAAUCAAUGCAUACACAGCCUCUAAAGAUUUUCAAUGGAGACUAAUUCGUUGGAUAAAUCAAACAAAAUGGCCUUUGUGAUAGGAUAUACAGGAGAGACGGGUAAAUCAUUGAUCCAAGAACUCAAUAGGAGAAAACUGUUUAAAAAAAUAGUUCUAAUAGGAAGGAGGGAAGUUCAGUUGGACAAGGAUUUAGGUCCAGAAUUCGAACAAAGAGUUGUUGAUUUUGAAAGACUAACUGAACAUAAAGAUACUUUUCAAGGCCUUGAUACAGGGUUUUGUUGCCUAGGAACAACAAAAGGAAAGGCAGGAAAAGCUGGAUUUAUAAAAGUAGAUCAUGAUUAUGUAGUUAAUUCUGCAGAGGUGGCAAAAUCUGUAGGAUGCAAACAUUUUUUGUUAGUAUCUUCAUAUGGUGCAAAAAAGGACAGUUUUUUCCUGUAUCCUAAAACAAAGGGUGAAGUUGAAGAUGAACUGAAGGCAAUUAAUUUCGACAAUUUAUCAAUAUUUAGACCAGGAUUGUUGUUGUGUGAUAGGGAAGAAAGUAGACCAGGCGAGUCCUGUUUUAGAUGUUGCUGGAAACCGAUGCCACAGUGUAUUGUGAAAGCAAGUGCAAUUAGCACAGACAAUUUGGCUAAAGCAAUGGUGUACAAAGCUACUUAUCCAUCUGAAAAAGUUGAAAUCAUUGAAAAUAAACAAUUAUAUGACUUUAUCUAAAUGAGAUCUGAUAAAACAUUUCACAUAUAAAUUAACUAGCAAAAAAAUUCAGGACACACAAGGCAGGAAUUAUAUAUAGAAACGUUUACUCUGAUCUUAUAAGAAGAGGAUUAUAAAUACCAGAUGAAUAUUUUGUUUGCUUAUUAAGGAAUGUUACGUGGAUCUGAGCAUACACCAUAAAAACCAGCAUAUCUUUGUCGUGCAUUCAAUUAUUUAAAAUUGUUUAAAACUUUGUAUCUGUCAAACGUCAAAACUGUUGAGAUAGUCAUUAGAAUAAUGCAGUAUUUGAAUAUUCAGAGGGGCAGAAGUAACGAAUAACUUCUUUCCAGUAAAUGCUGGGUUCAUAAUGUAUCAUUUUUAGCCUCUGUGCUCACACUUUUACCAGCUAUCGGUACGCAGAAACAAAAGAAUUUGUGUACCCGAUUACUAUAAAAAAAAAAAAACGCUAUCAUGAUCAGCAGAUUGUUGUCUGUAAUUAAAAUUGCCAUUGGAAUACAUUGGAUUUCUGCAAUCGUGAACAAAAGAGGUUGAUCUGUGUUACCUUUUGUAGCUGUUGUACCGACAUGUGGUAGUAUGGUGUUUCCAUGGUAGCUGAAAUACUCUUGUAAUGGAUUGAAAUUAAACCGUAUCCUACGCAA